CAACAACGUCAAGCUCUUAGCGACACUCAUCUCCACUUCAUCACAAGUGCAACAACCCCUGACUCGUCACUAUCCAGACCUCGAUAUGUCCUUUCUCACUGCUCCUCUCGGCCGCAAUGGUCCACACGUCCCACGUAUUGGGUUGGGUCUUAUGGGAUUGUCCAUCUUCUAUGGAGCGACCAAACCGGAUAGCCAGCGUCUUGCACUCUUGGACAAGGCUCACGACUUGGGCCAACGCUUUUGGGAUACCGCAGAUAUGUACGGCGACAACGAGGACCUGCUCGGGAAGUGGUUUGCCGCAAACCCGAACAAACGCUCGGAUAUCUUCCUGGCAACGAAGUUUGCGAACAAGACCCUUCCAGACGGAAGCUCGGCCGUAGACAGCACACCUGAGUACGCCAGAACAGCUUGUGAAAAGAGCUUGCAGCGGUUAGGUCUGCCCAGCGUGGAUCUUUAUUACGUACACCGAGUCGAUCUGAAGACUCCGAUUGAGAAAACGAUGGAGGCGCUUGUCGAGCUAAAGAACGAAGGCAAAUUCAAGUAUAUCGGCCUUUCGGAAGUUUCUUCUUCCACUCUGCGCCGCGCACACGCAGUGCACCCGAUCACGGCCGUUCAGAUCGAGUACUCGCCGUUCGCUUUAGAGGCUGAAAAUGAGAAUGGCACCUAUCUCCUCGCAACCGCUCGCGAGCUCGGCGUGGCGGUUGUUUGUUACAGCCCCCUCGGACGCGGUUUAUUCGGCGGUGCUCUACGCUCGCCAGACAACUUUGAACAGAGCGAUUUCCGCAAACAUCUCCCUCGCUUCAGCCAGGAAUCCUUCUCCAAGAACAUUAAACUUGUAGAUCAGCUGACCGAGGUCGCCGACGAGAAAGGGGUCACUCCGGGCCAACUGACGUUGGCAUGGUUGUUAGCGCAAGGCGAAGACAUUUUCCCCAUUCCAGGCACAACGAGUCAAGAAAGGCUGGCGGAAAAUGGACAUAGCGUAACGAUAAACUUGACAGAGGAUGAGACGGCGAAGGUGAGAAAAUUGGUCGAUGCAGCUGAUGUGAGUGGGUCGAGGUACCCUGAGGCAUUCAUGUCGCUCUGUUAUGCCGAUACACCUGUAUUGUAGAUGUGGAAGAGGGAACUUGG